AUGGACUUGCCUAUGCACUGGCCUAUGGACACUGACGAUGUCGCACAUGAGAAGAGAGAAGUGAUCCAAGAUUUUUGGCGAGCUUUGCUUCUUGAUCCAGAAAUCUUCAAUGAGACUGGAGUAUUUCUUGCUGAACACUGUAGCCCUCGCCAAGGGGUCGAGUUCGUACUUUUCAGAUCAGGCGGCUACAAUAUCAGCUUCCUCAUGACAUUCACUGCCGGUACCGAUAGCGGUGGCAAGAUGUUACGGUUCCCGAUUGCGGGCGCUAAUAUGUUUCCUGAGGAGAAAGUUCGCAACGAGGUCUCCAUUAUACAAUUUAUCUCGGAAAAAACUUCAAAUGGAAUCAUCCCGAUUCCAGUUCCUACGAUCUCUGGCUGGGGACAGAGAAGUGAGAGCCCAGCAAACUUGGGUCCUUAUAUAAUCAUGGACUAUAUUGACCACAAGAGAAGCAUUGGUGAACUUCUCGAGAAGCCGGGACGCCAACCAGAUGACAGGCCAGAACUCAACCCAGAUAUGAGCAUACCAAGGCUGAAAGCUCUGUAUAGAGAACUAGCCAACGUCGUCUUCUCUUUAUCCACGCUGUCUUUGAACCGGAUAGGGUCCCUAAAACAGACUAGUUCAUCAACGUCUAGUUCAUCAACGUGGGAAGUGAUAUACCCACCGCUCUCCCUUUCUAUGAACGAACUUGUGGGAAUAGGGACGCUACCCCAAUCGAAAAUACCGAGCACGACAUAUAAUAGCGCAUCAUCCUAUUUUGAAGCUCUAGCAGAGCUUCAUAUUCAACACCUAAAACACCAAAGAAAUGACGCUAUAACUUCCGCCGACGACUGCCGGCGUAAAUUUGUUGCUAGGUUUCUUUUCCGAAAACUUAUUUGGUACCAGGAACUUAAGGAACAAUGGAUAAAUCAUGAAGAUGGCCCAUUUCCAGUUUGGUGUGAUGAUCUUCGUCCAGAAAGCUUUCUAGUUGAUGAAGCUGAAAAAACCACUGGGGUAGUAGACUGGGAAUUCGCAUAUACUGCCCCGGUCGAAUUUUCCAACGCGCCACCUUGGUGGCUUAUUCUCCGGUCACCGGAUCGCUGGCUCAAAGGCCUGGACGACUGGUGCAUAGAGUAUGAGAAACGACUCCCGAUCUUUCUUCAGGCAAUGAGGGAAUGUGAAGAGGAGGUGUUCCAGGCUCGGAACGAAAGACUUGAGGAACACCAACGACUCUCUACGCGGAUGAAAGAUAGCUGGGAGAGCGGAGACUUUUGGAUCGUGUACGCUGCAAGGUCGGAUUUUUUCUUCGACGCGAUCUACUGGAAUAGGAUCGAUGAGCGGUUCUUUGGGCGGCAUGAUGGCGAGCUUUGCGAUGUAUGGAAGGAGAGACUUGAUCUUUUAACACCUGAAGAAGAAGCUACCAUGGAAGAAUAUGUGGCUCUGAAGCUUCAAGAGAAUAAGACAAGGGUCCUCGCUUGGGAUCCAGAUGCUUACACCCUCGAGUGUAUGGCCAAGAUAGAUGCUUGA